AUGUCUCUCAAGGUGAUCCUCGUAGCGUGUGUGGCCGUGGUGGCUCUGGCCGAUAAGGCUCCCGUGUACCAUCAACCACCUGUUUACGCCGCACCCACGUACCACGCUCCCUCCCCUUACAAGCAGCCUGAAUACCCAACUGCACCACCCAAAUACAAUUACAACUACGGCGUCGCCGACGGUUACUCCGGCGCCAACUUCGCCGCCUCGGAGUCCCGCGACGGCUACAAGACCGAGGGCAGCUACACCGUCGACCUCCCCGACGGCCGCAAGCAGAUUGUCAAGUACGUGGACAACGGCGACGGUCUUGUAGCUGAGGUCACCUACGAGGGCGAGGCUCAGUACCCCGAGUACAAGCCCACCUACAAGCCCACCUACAAGCCCGCUCCCUACCACGCUGCCCCCAAGUACCCCGUGUACUAA